AUGUCUUCCGGGGCAUAUUUUGGUCUUGCAAGAUGCGUGCAAUACGCGGCCUUUGCUGCCACGAUGAUUGUGGGCAUUGCAAGUGGAUCUGAGGCUCAAGAUGUCUGUACCCAGGAUACCUACACUAUCACAACCCAAUCCGACGCCGACGCCCUCGGUAGCUGCAACAACAUAACGGGCCUCAUCACCGUCCAGAGCGAUACCCUCACUUCCCUCACGCUGAGCGGCAUACAAAGACUGGAUGGCAGCCUCGCCAUCUCGUCCUGCGCGGCUUUGACCGAGAUAUCCGCGCCGCAGUUGCAAUGGAUAAACGACAACUUCACCCUCUCCUCCCUUCCUCAGCUCACCAACCUCUCCCUACCUGCCCUCGAAACAGUCCAGAUGGCCAUUUCCUGGAUAUCUAUCCCCCAACUCACUAGCCCAAGUCUCAAGACCGAAGGCGUGGACGAGUAUGGAAACCCUGGGACGAACAUAUACGGCGAUCUCACAAUCUCUGAUACUGGGAUCAAGACAUUGGAUUUCUUCAAUUUUGGCUCGUUUUCUAGGGUUGAAGAUGUUAGUGUUACGGGGAAUAAGGAUAUGAAAAUAGUCAACCUGUCGAGUUUGGUGACAAGUUCUUUGCUUGAAUUCGCGGAUAAUGGAGAAAGUUUCCAGAUUUUGCUUCCCAAAUUGACGACAGCUGAAGGGUUGAGCUUGCAGGAUGUCAUGCAAUUUGAUAUUUCGAGCUUGACGACACUUUCUGCUACGUUGCAACUGGAGAAUAAUUCGUUCCAGGCAUUUGAGAUGGACCAGCUGAAUGCGAUUGGUGGGGAUGUGAUUGUGAGGGGAAACCAGAUGAUGAACAAAUUCAGUCUGCCGGCGUUGACGGAAAUUGGGGGCGGGAUCUAUAGUGGCGACUUUGUGAUUGCGAAUAAUAGUGCCCUGACGGCUUUGGAUGGGCUGGGAAAGCUUGCGGCUGUGGAUGGGUCUACGAACCUUUCGGGAAAUCUAUACAAGGUUUCGCUACCAGCUAUGGACGACAUGUCAGACGGGUUCCACCUAUUGACUACAGUCCUCGAGUUCAAUUGCUCAAGUUUCGAUCGCAUCUUUUAUAGCUCCGACAUCUCAAAAUAUCCCGAUCGGUAUUCCUGCGGGACGUCGGGGACCCGCACCGAUACCGCCAUACACUAUCACCCUCCUUCUUCCGGGCCUGCUAUACCGAAGGCUACAAAGGUGGUUAUCAUUAUCGUUUGUAUUGUUGCAGCACUGUUAGCCACCGGGAUUGGUCUAAGAUGGUGGGCCAAGAGACGCCGAAGAGGGCGCGUGCCAGAGGAGCCUCCGAUCAGUCUGAGGGAAUUGGGCAUUGCUGAAGAAGAGGGGGAAGGUGUUGAUGGCUUACCGCCAUACAGGCGGACGGACUGGGACACAGAUUCUCCCUCCUCCGCCGCCAGCAAGACUGAGGGGGAUUCGGGGGACGGUCGCGGGUUGGCGGAGCACUUUUAUACGGUUGCCUAG